AUGAAGGACUACGCGAAUGAAGAAGAAGAUUUGCUUGCGAAAGUUCGAGAACCUCCAAAACCUUCAACAUCAACAAAUCCGUCAAAGCGGCAUCGAGAGCGGCUUAAUGGCGAGUUGGAAACAGUGGCCGCUCUGCUACCGUACGAUGCCGCCACCAUCAGUCGGCUGGACAAGCUGAGCGUUUUACGAUUGGCUGUCAGUUACCUGCAAGUCAAAGCGCAUUUCCAUGCCUGUCUCACCUCUUCACCGUUCAUCUGUCAAUUCCCUCUGGCAACACACACGUAUCCAUACUGCCCCCAAACUUCACAUUACUCUGCAGUACCCACCAUAUGCCAUUCAAGGACUCUACAAGCUCUCAUCGACCCCAAUGAGGCAGAUUUCGAAACCAUAGCCUUGAAAUCACUUGGAGGAUUCCUGUUGAUAAUCAACGAUAAUGGCGAAAUCUACUAUGCCUCAGAGAAUAUUGAGCAAUUUUUGGGAUUCCAUCAGUCGGAUGUCCUCCAUCAACCGCUUUACGAUCUAAUUCACUCGGAGGAUCGUGAUGACAUAAGGCAACAGCUCAACCUUACCUAUUCGUUGCCACCUGGCAGUACGAACCCGCAGGAUCUUUAUGAUCAGGAAAAUGCCCAGCACCUUGAGCGAAAUGUGAAUGCCAGAUUUCGAUGUUUGCUUGACAACACCUGUGGGUUUUUGCGGAUAGACAUGCGAGGAAAAUUGCUAUCUUUGCAUGGACUACCCUCGUCGUAUGUCCUGGGUAGAAGCAAUCCGGGUCCUGUUGUCGGUCUAAUCACAGUUUGCACACCUUUCGUUCCACCGUCUACCGCAGAUGUUGUGGCUGAAGAUCAAAUCUUGAAGACUAAGCACCAACUUGAUGGAACGCUGGUCUCAAUGGAUGAUAAGGUUCAUGCCAUGCUCGAAUUGAAUGAGAACGAAUUGCCGAAAUCAUUCUAUAGUUUGGUUCAUGUAGAGGACGCAGUAUGUUUAGCUGAAGCUCAUAAGGAAGUGAUUAAAAAUGGCUCUUCCGGACUACUGAUUUACCGUCUGAUCAGUACAAAAACGAAUCGAACUUAUUAUGUACAAAGCAGCUGUCGGAUGUUUUACAAAAAUGGAAAACCAGAAUCCAUCGGUCUGACACAUCGGCUUUUGAACGAAGUCGAGGGCUCAAUGUUGCUGGAAAAACGCUCAUCGUUGAAAGCAAAGCUGCUUUCCUUCGACGACUCCUUCCUGCAGUCACCAAGAAAUCUUCAGUCAACGGCAGCACUACCUUUACCGUCUGCGAGAGAUGAUACAGAUGGUGAAAGUCCGUUUGCGACUCCAUUGCCGAUUGUUGCGAGGCAAGAAAAGAAGAAUGAGUUCCCUAUUUUUCCUCAUGGUCUAAUGCCAAAAGUGGACUCGUGGCCACUAUUGCAGCCGCCUUUGCAAGAAUUUGGUUUACCGCUAGGGCCUCCCAUCGCGGGCGAACUACCUCCAUGGACGCCUGAUCCCUGGACUGGGGAGCUUUACCAUCAUUACCAAGCACCAUUGAGCUAUCAAGCAUCCUUACAACCGCUCCCACGUCCAUCAUACCAUGAUCUGGCUGUAUCCGAAUGCCAACACUGGAAUCCUAACGGACAUCACAGUGUAGGACAUAAUGCUCAACUGGCAAACAUGGAGGACUCCACCCAACUGCUGAUGAAAGAUAUCUCGCAUGGUUAUCCUUUGCCUGUCGACUACAAUAAGGUUCCGAUGGACUAUCCCAUGCCUGCCGUUGUGCCGCCUCAACCCAACGGUUUCCAUUUGAUUUCGGAAGUUACAAACACCUUAUUGGGACAAUAG